CACACAUCCAUGUUACCACUGGCGUUUAGCAGGGUGAGCACUCUUCCACACUUAGAAACAUAGGCACCGCACAUCUGCAUGAACAGACACACACACACAGUUGCACCACUAAACAUUGACAAGUACUUUGUUGUUGCACUGUAACUGAGCCUGUGAACCCGCUGAAACAUUCCGGCCUGAGCGGUGACGAGAGAUGAACAUGUCAGAUGACCAUAGCCACCACAUGCACCCCGUCCCCAACACCAUGCCUCCAGACACCAUGGGCGCCGACAACAUGCACCCAGGGGGGCACAUGAUGAUGCAGAUGACCUUCUACUUUGGCUUCACCAACGUGGAGCUGCUGUUCUCUGGACUGGUCAUCAACAGCGUUGGAGAGAUGGUGGGGGCGUGCAUCGGCGUGUUCCUCAUGGCCGUCCUGUACGAGGGCCUGAAGAUCGGCCGGGAGUUCCUCCUGAGGAGGAACCAGGUGAACGUGCGCUACAACUCCAUGCCUGUGCCCGGAGCAGAUGGGACCAUGCUCAUGGAAACACACAAGACCGUGGGGCAACGCAUGUUGAGUCUCGCCCACCUACUGCAGACGGUGCUACACAUCAUCCAGGUGGUGGUCAGCUACUUCCUGAUGCUGGUGUUCAUGACCUACAACGGGUACCUGUGCAUCGCCGUGGCGGCAGGUGCCGGGGUCGGAUACUUCCUGUUCAGUUGGAAGAAGGCUGUGGUCGUCGACAUUACUGAACACUGUCACUAACACACCACACACACAUAUGUUUGCCCCGGUCUGUCUCGGUCGACCCCCUUCCCUCACACACACGCCCUUGCGCAACGUGCACACGAAUACACGUAGACAUUCUUCUCCCACUCAAUCGCCAUUCUCAUCAUGGCAACCCAACCAAAUUUGUAUGUUAUUGUUGGAUAUUGUACUUUUGGACAGCGCACUUUGUCAUGGAGAGGCCACGUUUUGACACUAUUCAACGUGACAAAAUGUGUGGCAAAUGAUCUUGUCCUUUUACUGUGAUUCACAAACAGCUCUUUGAACAGAGCAAAGAGUCCUUGAAUUGGGGAACAGCCAUUGCACCGUGAUACAAUGUUUUUGAUCUUCCCCUCCAGUCUCAGUCUCUACAUCUUCCUCCUCAACUAGCUUCCAUUCAUGCACAGUCCAGGCUCUUUUGUUAUUGACCAGUAAUCAGCCGUCAACAUGUCAUUCAGCCUUACAGGUUUAGCCCGUAGGGUAAUAUGCUCACACACACAAACUGCAUCCUUGUUCCCUUUCCUGGGUGAUCAUCUUUUCACAAACUCCUGGUCAUCACCUGCCUUCCAUAUGACAAUCUGCUGAUUUCUCACGUUGGUGUCAGAGGUCAUACUGGUGGAUUGUGGGUAGGGGAAGGUGCAGCAGCCCUGGCUGUACGACUGAGCCUUACUAAACCCUUUGCCUUAAAUGAGGGAACAUGUAACACACACACAGGCCAACUGUAGACAUGGCGACUAAGUAGGAGGUCUACUGACUAAAGUGCCAGCGCUACUUAAGAUACGUUUUUCUAAUGGCCAAGCUAUGAUGAUUAAAUGUUAAGGCUGCUCCCACACUGAGCUGUAACCCUUGUCUCCAAUGUGCCUGAAUUCUAAUGGGAGUUUUGAAAGGUGUAAAUAUUUUGGUUAUAUAAAGAUCCUCCUUAGAUUGAACGGUUGGAAUCCAGGCAAGAUAUUGCCUAGCUGUCCAAUCCCAAACUCGGAUCACCUCAAGUACAUCGGGGUCAGGGCUCAGUGGGUGGAUUUGGGAAGUGCCAAUCCUGCGUGGCAUUCUGUUGAUUCAUGGACCUGAAAUUAUAAUGUGGAUCCUCCUCCUGAUUCUCACUGCCAUGCAGUGUCUAAUCAUGGAUAUCUCCUGAAAACCCAUUCAGUUAUUUCCCAUGGCUUUUGACUCGACCCAGCACAAUUUAGACCAACCCCUCCCCUACCUCUGGAAGGUAUUUAUGAAAAAGAACAACACAAUUGCUGUAAUUCUAGAAAUGUUCAAUGUUAUGUCAAAUUUAUAGGUGAACUAGUGUCUCUUGCAACAACAAUUGUUUGAUUUUUCAGUGUACAAUUGCAGUUCAGGCCUUUUUUUAGAGAUUUUAAUGUUAAAUUGUUACUGGCAAAGUCUUUAAUCAUAUUCUUGUUUUUUGUAACUAAUUUAUAUGGACUGGAAAUGGUCUAAGCGGAGGAAGUGUCUGAAAAUCUUGACUUAAAAAGGGUUAACUACAACUUGAGCUCCGCACGACUUUACUUUCAAUUGAUAUCCUGUCACCGCGGAUACUGCUUCCCUAUUGGUGCUUACAUCCUAAAAACGAGUAACGGAUUAUGGGAAACUAGGAGGCUGGCCAAGUUUGAAAUAGCGUUCUCCUUGUGACCUAUCUGUGCAUUAGGCCUCAAACUACAACACACACUUGAUAUCUUGGGGUUGUCAAUAUGAAGAACCUAAUGAUGAUGUUGCUUUUAGUACUUUUUUGUUUAGUUUACAUUGGUAUUUUUAAUUUUUGAAAUGUUUAUAUGUUUCCUGAAUGACAUUGAGUAGUGCUGUUAUUGGGAGCUAUGAGAUCAUGUUUUGUUUUUUACCACCCGUUACACCAUUCUGGUCUUGUUUUGACAAUGUGAAACAAAACAAGAUGGUGGCAGCAAUUCUGAUCUUACCAGGCUAAUAAGGAACCGCUCUGGUCUGCUAUACAAUUGAAGCAGAAAGGCCAAACAGCAGGUAGAAUGUCACAGCCACUACAGUACAGCCAUUGCUAGGGUUGUUUUUGCAGUCCAAAACACAUUUCUGUAUCAAAGUAACUCAUUAUUUACUGUUGUAAUCGUCUAGAAAAUAUGGAUAAUGGUAAUAAAUUGUAGCAUUCAAGAAAAAGUG